UGUGUCACCACAUUAGCCGCAAAAUCUUGAAUUGACAAAUAUAAUAGCUCAUCUGGCAAAAUUUAGAAUCAGUAAAUUUUCUUGCUUCUUAUAUUUUUUACCUGUAUAGAGCACAAUAUCAGAAAUCACGCCUGUUUCAAGGAUGGCCUGUGUUACCAAGCGCUAGCAGAUAUCAAACCACGCCGCGGUCGAGGAUGGCGGACAGCCUGGGUGUGACGUAUGCGGAACCGUCCGCUCGUUCUCACGAUAGCUGAGGCGGACUGUGCCGACUGGUCCGGUACCCUGGUGAACGCAUCCAGCCCUAUCUUCAGCCGGGCGUAUGUGUCGCGUCGUGGAGGGAGCUCUGUCAGCAGUCGGCACCCAGAGUUCAAACAGACAGGAGCACACAAACAUCAUGUUUUCCUAUCGUAAUUUACUGUCCCGAUCACCGCUGUUUCUGCUGCUGGUGGCGGCUGUUCUGCUGGGAGGAGUGUGUUCGGUAGCCGACAACAGCGGCGCCGAACAAAUUCACCUGUCCUUCACCGAUGACGUCACCACCAUCCAGGUCACCUACAGCACCUUCCAGCCGGUGAAGGCCUCGGCCAGAUACGGAAGAGACCAGCCCGACACACUGGUGGAAGGAGUUUCCACUCCAUUCGCUCAGGAUGACAACGGAACUCAUCUCCAGUACAUAAAUCGCGUGUCUCUGACCGGUCUGUCGCCGGGGGAGCGGCACGUCUACCAGGUGCUCGGUCCGGCCGGAUGGUCCGAGGUGUUCUGGUUCCGACCCAUGCAGCAGGGAAGCGACUGGAGCCCCCGGCUGGCCGUCUAUGGAGACCUGGGCAUGGUGAACGGUGUUGCGCUGCCGUUCAUUGUGAACGACACCUACGAUGAGAUGUACGACGCGGUGCUGCACGUCGGCGACUUUGGGUACGACAUGUACGACCAGGAGGGCGAGGUGGGCGACACGUUCAUGCGUCAGAUCCAGCCGGUGGCCGCCCACCUGCCCUACAUGACCUGUCCCGGAAACCACGAGCAGUACGCCAACUUCUCCAACUACAAAAACAGGUUCAGUAUGCCUGGUGGGACGGAAAGCAUGUACUACAGCUUCGACAUGGGUCCUGUCCACUUCAUCUCAAUAUCUACCGAGUUCUACUACUUCACCGGCUACGGCACAGACCAGGCGUUCUCGCAGUAUAACUGGCUGGUCUCCGACCUCGAGGCAGCCACUGAGCCGUCAGCCCGAGCCGCCCGACCGUGGAUCGUCCUGUACGGACACCGUCCCAUGUACUGCACCAACCGGGACGAGGAUGACUGUACCAAGGUGCAUGACAGGGUCAGAGUGGGCGCUCCAGACCUGGAACCGCCAAUUCCCGGUCUGGAGGACCUGCUGAUGCAGUACGGAGUCGACCUGGCCGUCUGGGGCCACGAGCACUCGUACGAGCGCAUGUGGCCGCUGUAUAACUACAGGAUCUACAACGGGACGGACGACAAUCCGUACCGUAACCCGGGCGCGCCCGUACACAUCGUCACCGGGUCAGCGGGCUGCCAGGAGAAUCUGUCCCCAUUCUCCAUCAAGAUGCCGUGGACGGCCUUCCGGAGUCUGGAGUACGGCUACUCCCGCUUCACGUUCCACAACGCCACCCACAUGUCCAUCGAGCAGGUGGAGACCACCCAGGAGGGCGCCACAGCCGUCAUCGAUGAGGUCACGGUGGUCCGGGAGUCGCACGAACCCUACGAGCUGCUGCAGAAGACCGAGCGCGGCUAUCUGUAGGAUAGUGGUCACUGUUCUGUCUAUUGCAACCACUGAACGUGCUUCGCUAACCCUGGGCGAUUGAUAUGAAAGUUACACUAGCCUAUUGUGGGUAUUUUUAGUGAUUGAAUGGCAUAUUACGGGCCACCGCCGGCCACGGACGGCGACCGUAGCGCCACCUACCAGUCUGGCUCUAAACUACCAAGGAGCCGAAGCGUUCAUGGAAUACUAUUUAUUAGAAAGAAGAACAGCCAGCUGUCGCUACUUGAAAGAUUCAUACAAGGUUUUAUUUUGAAAGUCCAUACAGUAGCUUGGACACGCGGAAUGACUCGUCUCUGAAGUAGGUAUCUUGGAUGUGGCAAAAUACAAAAGAAAUAGGUA